AUGGCAAAAAUUGAUAAUCACGUGCGGAAUCCUCUUGCAUUUAACUGCAUUUUAGUGAAUGAGAGGAGAAAUUGUGCACAAGGGGUUCAGAAAGUAGAAUUGGUUGUUGAAAUGAGCAACAGAAGCCUAUUAUUUUAUAACUUGAGGGUGAUAGAAAUUUGCAAAAUUGAAUAUGAAACCACUAAGUUGUCUAUGCUUUUAGUUAACUAUCAAUUCGUCAACAACUAUAGUAAAAUUCUGGUUUGGCACUUUCACUACAAUUCUCAACCAUGUAUCAUAGCAAUAUGGGAACACGUGUUCCCCAACUGCGUUGCGUUCGCUACAAUUAGGUCAACAAAUAAAAUCAGUUAUUCCGUUUAUAGAAAUGCCUUCAUCGAUGAACGUACUAUGCGUUUUCACCAGCUAUCGCCUAAAAAUGGGGAUGUUUCCUCCCCAAAGGCACCACCUAUUCAAAGUCAUCAAGAUUCCGCACUUUGUCGUAUUAUUCAGCCUCACAAGAAGUGUGCUGCAGGUAAAAUAAGUGUUUUAAUAGAUCAAGCACCGAAAGUAGCUACUCGUUCAACUGAGCUACUGUUUUUGCUUUUUCUGGAGAUGGCUCAAAGUCAGUUGAUCUGA